ACUGCACAAGAAACCAGAGCAGAAGGCAGCUCUGCGAAAUUAGCUCAGAAGGCAAAAACAAAAGCUACAAAGAAUUGAGCAAGAAACUCAUGUCUGCCAACAAAUUGGAGGAGCAAAUCGAGAAAUGAAGUCGUACCCCUCGAGUUCCUCGGAGUCGAUGAAGCGCUUGGUUUCCCAGUAGUUGCUGUAUUCCCCGUCCAUAUCCAUGGUUUGUGCUGUCGAUUGGGGAAGGAGAGAGGAAGGAGAAUUGGAGGGAGUGAGAUGUGAUGGUGCGCUAUUUAUAGACGAAGGAGGGGAAGGGAACUCCGGAAGGCGAUGAAAGGGAAAGUAAUCGAGCUUCCGAGAUACGAAGACCACGAAUCCGCGUCUCUAAAAACCACCCCUAAUUUCUCCUUCGUCCUUCCUCCUUCAUCGCGACGCGGCCGCAGAAGAGGAACAUCCAUAGCCGCGAGGAAACUACACAGAUUUCUCCUUCCUCCUUCCUCGCAAUGCGGCUACAGAAGAAGAACACCCACAGGCGUCUUCCUCCUUCGCCGCGCCAAGCUACAGCAAGGGUUUCCACCCCUUCCUCCUUCGCCGCGUCAAGCUGAAGCUAGGGUUUCUGCCCCUUCCUCCUUUGUCGCGACGCAACCGCAGAAGAGGAACACCCACAGGCGCCUUCCUCCUUCGUCGCGCCAAGCUGAAGCUAGGGUUUUUCUGCACCUCACUCCCCUCCAUUUGUUCUCCUUAACGGUUGUGCUUGAAUGACAUCAUCAAGUAAUAACAACAUCAACCAUACCAAAUAUGAAACUGUGUGAUGCAGGGACUGCGGACUAAGAGCAUUGGUGCUGGUCUCUAGAUCGAUCAAGAACCCAGGGAGACUAUAUUAUGGAUGUAAGCAUCAUGGAUGGUUAAAGUGGGUGAGGUCUGAUACUGAAAAUGAAUACACUAAUGAUAUACAUUUUAGGAUGUUGCCAAGAGUGGAGUCAAGGGUGGGGAGUGAACACAUUGCUUAUCCUGGACAUAAUAUGGGAAAUUGGAAUGUACCGUUUAUGGUCUGGAUAUUAGUGAUAGUGAACUUAAUUCUUUUGGCUAUAUACUUGUUUUGUUUGUUGGUUGGCCUAGUUAAGUAAUACUAGUAUUGUAAUGUGAUAAAGAAAUGCAAUUAUGGAUGAUGUUGAUAUUUUUUUUU